CUCCUUUCUUCCCCAAUCAUUCUCAAACAGACUGUCCUCCAGGUCUCCAUCUAACUUUGGAAACAGUCAGUCAGGACAGUGUUUCUGCUCCAGCUUCCGGUCUGUGAAAUCCAGUUCAUAGGAUGGCCAUGGAAGAAGAAAGGGACUUUAUUACAAGUGAACAACAAAUGGACAUUAAAACAGCAAUGGAAAAAAGUCUUGCUGAUGGAGUUGCAAAGAUCAAAGAGUAUUUAGAAGAGCAGAAGAACACUCCACUGAAGAUCGCCAUCACUGGAGAAUCUGGCACUGGAAAAUCCACCUUCAUUAAUGCUUUCAGAAAAGUAAAUGACAGCGAUGAAGGAGCCGCCCCGACUGGAGUUGUUGAAACAACCACAGAGGUCAAAGAGUAUCCUCAUCCGAACCUCCCCAAUGUCACAUUAUGGGAUCUCCCUGGUGUUGGAACCCCCAACUUCCCAGCUGAUGAGUACUUGAAGAAGGUUAAAUUUGAGAGGUUUGACUUCUUCAUCAUCAUCUCAGCCUGUCGCUUUAAAGAAAACGAUGUGAAACUCGCUCUGGAGAUCAAGAGGAUGAAGAAAAAAUUCUACUUUCUUCGUUCCAAGGUCGACUUUGAUUUAGCCAAUGAGGAAAGAAAAAAAAAAAUUGACAAACAGAAGACUCUCAACGCCAUCAGAGAAAACUGCAUUGAAGUUCUUCGUCAUCAAGGCAUUAAGGAUCCGCAGGUCUUCCUCGUCUCCUGCGUUGAGCUCCACCUGUUUGAUUUCCUUUUGUUACAGGAGACAUUAGAGAGAGAGCUUCCUGCACACAAGAGGAACGCUUUUGUGAGUGCUCUGCCCAACAUCAGUGAGGAGAUCAUCAAGAAGAAGAAGGAUACUUACCAAGCACAAAUCAAGUAUCAUGCUUUGUUGUGUUCAGGUGUAGCAGCUGUACCGAUCCCUGGAGUUUCCACUGCUAUUGAUAUUGCCUGGGUGGUGACAGUUGUCAAGGAAUAUGUGAACGGGUUCAGGCUUGAUGAGAAGUCACUGAAGAGUCUUGCUGACUCCUCAGAUGUGCCAUACUCUGAGCUUCUUUCUGUCAUGACUUCACAACUGGGGGCAAAAACAAUCACCCCUGAACUCAUCCUGAACCUGUUGAGCCAAUUUGCAAUGGGAUCAGCAGCAGUCAUGGUCGCAGAGGAAAUCUCCAAAUUCUUCUUUUUUGUUGGGAUUCCAGUAUCAAUGUGCCUCUCUGGUGUUUCCACUUACAGAAGUUUGAAUUUUUUUCUCAACCUGGUUGCUGAUGACGCUCAGAGAGUGUUUGCAAAGGCUGUGAAAAAAAACAGUGAGGUGUGAUUCUGUGACACAUCUCAAAGUGAUGUGCACUCAAAAUAAUCUGAGCAGAUUAAACAGGAGUUACAUACAAGUGUAUCACAAGAGUGUGAUCUGAUCUGUAUGAACUGUAUGCAAUAAGGGCUACUCAUUUAUUGUGAAAUUGAUUUUUGAAUCAGUGUAAUGUUAAAUUUCAACACUUGUUACUGUUAAUGUUGAUGCACAUGUUGACAUUUAUUCAAACAUCUGAACCAGCAUAAUCAACGGAUGUUUUCAGAUUUUGGUGAAAUAUAAUCUGGUGGGAUUAUAGAUGAAAACAACAUAAAUGACAAUCUGCAAUUAUAAUUGUGUUACUUUUUAAUCUUUUCUGAGUUUGAUUUUUAUUACUCAUUUAAUGAUUGAAUGACCUCUAGUGAUCAUAUUGAUACGGUAAAACCAAAUAAAAUUAAUAUUUCUGAGUGCUUUUUCAUUGUGUGUAUCAUGUGAAAUUUGCCAGCAGUCAUGUAAUGAAUUUAUUUCUGUUUUGUUGUAGUUUAUGGUAUCAGAUUGGUUUCAAGAGAUGUCUUUGUUUUCUUUGUUGUGGGCACAUUGAGGGUCCACAACAGUAUAAAUCAGAUUUUCAUGAUUUCUCUCAGCUGUCAGUGACUACUUUGACUUUCAGAAAAGUAGUCAAACUUGAGUAAUAAUUACAGUACAAAUUUUGUUGAAUAUUUUUUGUUCAUUCUUCUUUAUUACAUUAUGAAAUCAUUUGUAACCAGGGCAUACAU